AGGCCAUUGUCUCCACCUCACAGCAGCUGCGCAUCAUCUUCAACAACUCCUGGGUCUGUCCUUUCUACUAGAAAUUUGCUGGCCUCCUUAAUUUCUUGCUGUCUCUACAGCUCAGGUCUCCAUUUCUAGGAAGACCCGCAGCCUCUUACUCGAUUUUUUUGUGUUGUGGAAUUUAUGACUAGCUUGGAAUCCAGAGUCCAAAGAUGUUCGGUCUUUCUUACGGGGAGCUCUUUUUCUUGAUUGGAGCCACUGCCGCUCUCGUUGGCCCAAAGGAUCUCCCUUUAAUUGCCAGAGUAGCUGGAAGAUUGGCAGGCCGAGCAAUUGGGUAUGUUCAAUUGGCUCGUGGGCAAUUUGAUACUGUUAUGCAGCAAACUCAAGCACGCCAGGUCCACAAAGAGCUGCAAGAUACAAUGGCACAACUAGAUGCAAUUCGUUAUGAAAUACGAAGCUUAUCCCUCAUGAAUCCUGGUCCAUUGACUCGAAGAAUGACAGAAACUCCUCUAGAGCCUACACCUGACACCAGUGGAGGCAGUGUUUCACACAAGAAACAUGAGGAGAACUUAAUUGCUGCUAUUGACACAAGGGUGAAGGAUUAUAGUUCCACAUCUCUGGGUUCAACUAUGUUGCACAGCCAAGCUACUGCUUAUGCAAGAUUGGCUGAAUCUGAAGCUGUUAAGGCUGCUUCUCUUAAGAUCAAUGUUGAACAAGAAAACCUUAAGGGUGGCAAUGUUGAUUUCUCUGUUAUUCCAGUUUCAGCUGAAAGUGCUGGUUUUCUUCCAAAUCGCAAAGAGAGUUUAAAGGGUUCAGAUAUUGUGUUGGAAGCAGUACUCGAGGCAGAGGUAGCACGGAAUGCCAAAGAUUUCUUUUCUCAGCCUCAAAAUCAGAUACAGUAAAGGGAGAAGGGAGAAGGUAGUGCUCUGUAUUCUUUGUCUAUCUUCUUAGCAGUACCAUAUAAAUGAAAAUUGUUAGAGCGGUAAAACACCAUAAUAUACAUUUUCAAGUUUUCUUCCCUUUUUUUUUUCUUCCCAAGCCUUCUAUUUGUAGUUUAGUCAUUUCGUUGAUCCAACAUGCUUUUGGGACUAGUUCCUCAUAGUUGUUUGAUCUAUGUUAUUACUACAAAUUUGUGACAGAUCUAUUGCUAAUUAAUCUUCUCUUGUAGCGCUUCUGAGCAAUGUUACAUCUUUGUCUGCUUCCAAUUUUUUGAAAUUGUUAAUUUUUCUAACCUACUAAUGCCCGUUAAUGUAGUGUGGGAAUUGAAAAAUGCUUAAUGGUAUGAUGAUUUGGAAAUUUUAUUUGAUUUGAUCUUUCUCAUUUGAGAGUGCGGAGAAACACUUGCAGGAGGUUGGGAAUCAGGCAGGCAGUGCAUAUAUGCCUUGAAUUUGUUGAAAUGGUUGUUGUCAGGAUUUUCUUAGGAUGUGCAAACUACUUGCUGAACAGGGAUACAGCUUUCAAUCAUUUAGAAUUUUGCUCUUUGUUUCAUUUCCUGGGAAAAUCAUUUCACUACCUUUUUCUAUCUAACCUGUUAUCAUU